UUGUACCUAUUCUCUACGGAACAUUUUAAUAGAAAAGCAUAGACGUUGUGAAUCUGUAUUGUAAAUUGUGGAUCAGAGUUUGAGUUUGUUUUAUAUUUAUAGAAAAACUAAAGAUUUAAGAUUACCAAAACCCAGAUGAAAUGUCGAAAAGACCGGCAUCUGUUACUUUUGAGGAACCUGAGCAGAGUAAAAGGUCUCAGAAAAAAGAGGGAAAGAAACACUCAUUGGACUCUGACGAAGAAGACAGUGCAGCAGAGGAGGAGCAGCAAAAUGUUCUCAAUGCUGAUGACAUAGAGGGUGAAGAAGAUGGUACUGGAGGUAUAGAAGGUGAAAUCACAAUAACGCCAUUUAACAUGAAAGAAGAAUUGGAAGAAGGGCAUUUUGACACAGAAGGUCACUACCACUGGAAAAAAGAAAAAGAGAUCAGAGAUGGUUGGCUUGACAAUAUAGAUUGGGUGAAAGUGAAAGGUAGACCUGAGGAUAAAUAUAAGAUUUUUAAAGAUGAAGAGUCAACAUCCAAAGGCAUUUUCGAUGAUUCAGACACUGAUGAAGAAGAAGCUGAUGAGAAAUAUGAUAUUAUAGCAAACUACAAGGAAAUUAUACAGUAUAUGAAACCAAAGGAGACCAUUGCAAAAACUUUACAACGCCUUGGUGCCAAUUCAAAGAUUUCAAGCGCUGAACGCUGGAAGCGAAAAAAGGCUGGUGUAGUUGAUGAAAGUAGCAAAACAGUUACAAGAAUAACAGAACUUGCUAAUCAAAUUCUUACUAAAGAGGGUAACAUGGACAUAUACCAAGAGACCUAUGAAAAAAUAAGUGAUUUACUUGCUAAAGAGAAAUCAAAGAAAGGUGAUGCUCAGUUGGACAUGUAUGCUGACGAUUUUGAUGAAAAGGAAAAAUCCAAUAUUGAUAAAAAGGAUCAGAGUGAAACAAAUGAUUGUUCAGAAAAAAAAGACUCCCAGGAGUUGAAAUGGGAAUUCAAAUGGACUCAAGAUAACAACGCGGAGAUUUCAGGGCCUCAUACAACGGAGCAAAUGCAGAAGUGGGUCACAGAGGGUUACUUCAAAACUGGAGUGUGGGUUAGGAAGUGUGGCGAGGACACACAGUUUUAUAGCUCAAACAGAAUCGAUUUUGAACUUUAUAUUUAGUUGUUUGAACUUUAUGUUAAGAAAUACACAAUUAUACAAAAUAAA